AGAAAAGGCACAACUAGUAACGACUUUUUGGAAUUCAUAAAGCAUGUCCUUACUACACUUGAUGUAACUAAUAUGAAUGGUAAGCAUCUAGUGCUUGAUAACGCAUCCAUUUACAAGGCUAGCCUUGUUCGAGAUUGGGCUGAACAAUGA